ACGCCCCGCCCCUUGGCUCCUAGGCCCUAGUCCAGCUUCCAGGCCUCUUCCCGCGUCGCGACGCAAGCUGCCCCGGGAAGGCCGCCGCGCUGUGGGUGCGGCGUGGGUGCCGGGUUCUUUAGUGGAAGAACGAGAAGCGAGGAUGAGUGAUCGAUGGAGGCAGUAACGGGCGGGGCGACAGGGACGUGAUUCCCAAAGAAUCAAAGCUGGGCCGGAACCGGUGGCCUGGCAACAGGAUAGAUAAUAUAAGAAAUGAAGCCAACAGGUACAGACCCAAGGAUCUUAUCUAUAGCUGCUGAAGUUGCAAAAAGUCCUGAGCAGAAUGUCCCUGUUAUACUGUUGAAGUUAAAAGAAAUAAUAAACAACACACCUUUAGGAAGCUCAGAGUUGAAGAAAAUCAAACAAGAUAUAUAUUGUUAUGAUCUCAUUCAAUAUUGCCUCUUGGUCCUCAGUCAAGACUGUUCUCGAAUCCAGGGUGGUUGGACUACCAUUUCCCAGCUUACACAGAUAUUAAGCCAUUGCUGUGUGGGAUUGGAGCCAGGAGAAGAUGCAGAGGAAUUUUACAAUGAAUUACUUCCAUCAGCUGCAGAAAAUUUUCUCAUUUUGGGGAGACAAUUACAAACAUGUUUUAUCAAUGCAGCUAAGGCUGAAGAAAAAGAUGAAUUACUACACUUUUUCCACACUGUGACUGAUUCUCUCUUCUGGCUUGUGGGAGGCCAUGUUGAACUUAUUCAGAAUGUACUACAGAGUGAUCAUUUCUUACACUUACUGCAAGCUGACAAUGUCCAAAUAGGAUCUGCAGUCUUGAUGAUGCUACAGAAUAUACUGCAGAUCAACAGUGGUGAUUUACUCAGAAUAGGAGGAAAAGCCCUGCAUUCCAUUUUAGAUGAAGUUAUUUUCAAGCUUUUUUCAACUUCUAGUCCAGUCAUCAGAAGUACUGCUACAAAACUCCUACUGUUGAUGGCUGAAUCCCAUCAGGAAAUUUUGAUUUUACUGAGACAAAGUGCCUGCUACAAAGGACUCAGACGUCUACUAAGUAAACAGGAAACUGGGACAGAAGUCAGUAAAGAACUUAGACAGCUUGUAAGCCUUUUAAGCCCAACGGUCUAUCAGGAAGUAGAAGAGCAGAAACUACAUCAAGCAGCAUGCUUGAUUCAAGCCUAUUGGAAGGGUUUUCAGACAAGAAAGAGAUUAAAGAAGCUUCCAUCUGCUGUGAUUGCUUUGCAGAGAAAUUUCAGAUCUAAACGAACAAAGAUGUUGCUGGAGAUAAACAGGAAGAAGGAAGAAGAGGACCUCAGAUUACGAUUGCAACUUCAAAGACAGAGAGCCAUGAGACUUUCCCGAGAAUUGCGGCUGAAUAUGCUGGAAAUAGUUCAUCCAGGUCAGGUGGAGAAACACAAUCGGGAAAUGGAAGAGAAAUCAGCAUUGAUUAUCCAGAAACAUUGGAGAGGGUACAGGGAAAGGAAAAAUUUUCGCCAACAGAGGCAGUCUCUCACAGAGUAUAAAGCAGCUGUCACACUUCAAAGAGCAGCGCUUAAAUUCCUAGCAAAGUGCCGUAAGAAAAAGAAACUAUUUGCUCCUUGGCGAGGACUCCAAGAACUCACUGAUGCACGCCGAGUUGAACUGAAGCAACAAGUAGAUGACUAUGUCAGAAGACAUUCGGGCUCUCCAAUGCCAGAUGUGGUCAGUAGGGAGCUCCAUGCCCAAGCUCAAGAACGACUGCAACACUAUUUUAUGGGCAGGGCCCUAGAAGAGCGAGCCCAGCAGCACAGAGAAGCUUUGAUGGCACAAAUCAGCACCAACGUUGAACAGCUAAUGAUGUUCUGGCACUUCAGAGAGACAUGAGAUUGAGCCCUACUGACAUAGCUUGGCACCUAUGAAAGUCUGCCAGGAAGGAAAAAAAUACAGCUGAAGACUGCUGCAUCCAUGCCCCAGGACAGGGGCCCUCAACUACAGGAGGUGAACUCACCAGGUGAGCAGGGGGAGAUGGAGCAUUUCUGACUGAGCUCUGCCUGUCAGAACAGCUGCCACAUUAAAUUCUCAAAGGAGCAAGAACCCUACUAUGAACUGUACACAUGAAGACUCUAGGUUGCAUGCUCCCUAUGAGACGCUAACUCCUGCUUAAUAAUCUGAGGUGGAAGAAUUUCAUCCCAAAACCACCCCCAAACCCGCCACCCGCCCCUUCUGUCUUCCACGAAACCAGUGCCCUGGUGCCAAAAAGGUUGGGGAACACUACCCCAGCACAUUAAGAAGCCCAGGCCAGAGGAGAUCCAGGAACUUGCUCUUCCAGUCAUCACCUCCCUGUCCCCUCCUGAAUGUCUGUUUUCUCUGUAUUGCUGAUAGCAAUAAUCUGUCCCCUCCUACAGCUUCCUGUCCAGCACCAGCCCCUACUCUUGUGGAUAAUCUACAGUACAAGCAUGUGGAUGGGGCGUAAAAUCUAGUAGUCCUGCCAGUUCUUUGGUUUCCUUGCCUAUGAAGGCCAAGGAAUUCAGAAGAAUGGUCUUUUUUAGGCUUGGACUAUGUGGUGUUUUAUACACUCUGGAUCCUUCUGGGAAUUUUGCUCGUGUAGGGAAAUACAACAGGUAAAGACCCAGGGCAGGACAAGUAUACAGAGAUAUUUUCAUACAAAAUCCAAAUUUCAUAAUUGAGGCUCAUCUUCACCCCUCAAGAAUCCUGAUUAAUGAGGAUUUUUAAUUUAAUGACUGUAUUUAAAACAACUUCUAGAGACCAGCUAUGUGAGAGAUACGUACAUCAUUAGGAAGCAGUGUCAGCUGUUGAUGCAAUCUGCAAAGAGACCUUUUUUUUUAAAGACCUGAGUUAACUGGGAAACAUUCCAUCAGUUCCUAUGCUCUGUAGAGAUUGUAUAGCAUAGGAAAUGUCUGUUCCUUGAAAGCUUGUCUUAGUCUGGGAUGCUUUAACAAUACCAUAGACUGGGUGUCAUAUAAACAACAAAAAACUUAUUUCCCAUAAUUCUGGAGUUUGAGACGUCUAAGAUGAAGGUAUAUUUGGUGUUGCGUGAGGGGUCACUUCAUGACUCAUAGACCUCAUCUUCUCAUUCAUCAUCACAUGGCAAAAGAGAUGAGGGAUCUAAAGCACAGUGGCUCAUGCCUCUAUUACUAGCACUUUGGGAGGCCGAGGCAAGUGUAUUGUCUGAACCCAAGAGUUCAAGACCAGCCUGGGCAACAGGCAAAAUCCAAUCUCUACGAAAAAAAACUCACAAAAAUUACCUGCACAUGGUGGCCCACACCUGUAGUCCCAGUUAGUCAGGAGGCUAAAGCGAAAAGAUCACCUAAACCCUUGAGGUUGAAGUUGCAGUGAGCCAAAAUUAUGCCACUGCACUCCAGCCCAAGUGACAGAAUGAGACCUUGUCGCCCCCCCAAAAAAAAGUGCUCUCUAGGGUCUCUAUUAUAUGGGCACUAAUCUCAUUCAUGAGGUAUCUACCUUCAUGACCUAAUUAUCUCCCAACGGGCCUACCACUUCAUACUAUAAAAUUGACAGGACAUGAACAUACGAAUUUUGGUGUGCACACAAAUUUUCAGUCUAUACCAAAACCGUAAAAGCAAUUGCCUAAAAAACUUGAUUGUGUGCUUUUCUGUGAUUAACAACUUUUAAAUGUUUUUUUCUAGAAGUUGACAAAUUCCAUUACUUUUUCUUGAGUCAAAUUUGGAAAUAUGUGAAUACACAUACACUCCUUUAUUUUUUGGCAUAAUUUUAGUUGUACAGAUACAUUGAGCAGAUACAGAGUUUUAUAUACUCAUAUCAUCCUCCUCCAACUUCCCACCUCUCAGCAGUUCCCCUGUUAUUACCAUUUUUAUUACAUUUGAUGAACCAAUAUUGAGACAUUAUCAUUAACUAAAGUCCACAGUUUACAUUGAGGUUUACUCUUUCUGUUAUACAGUUCCACGGUUUGACAAAUGCAUACUGCCGCAUAUCCACCAUUACAGUAUCAGCUUCUCUGCCUGAAAUUGUUCCCUCUGUUCUAUAUAUUAAUCCUUCUUUUACCCUUCCAAACCUCACCCAUGACAUGACAUCCACUGAUUUUCUUUUACUGUUUCUAUAGUUUUACCUCUUUCAAAAUGUCAUAUUGCUGGAAUGUAGUAUGUAGCCUUUUCAGACUGGUUUCUUUCACUUAGCAAUCUGCAUUUAACGUUACUCCAUGUCUUAUCAAGGCUUGAUUGCUUAAUUCAUUUUAUCACUGAAUAAUACUCAAUUGUAUGAAUGUACCAUAGUACACCCAUUUAUCUACUCGACGGCAUCUUGGUUGCUUUCAAGUUUUGGGAAUUAUAACUAAAGUUGAUAUAAACAUUCAUAUGCAAUUUUUUUUGUGGACAUACAUUUUCACUGAUUUGGGUAAAUAUCUAGCAGCAUGAUUGCUGGAUGGUAUAGUCAAUCUAUGUUUAGCUAUGUGAGAAACUGCUUAACUGUCUUCUAAAGUGGUUGUAACCAUGUUGCAUUAUCACCAGUAAUAAAUUCGAGUUCCU